AUGGCGGAGUUCUCCCUCCUCACCGCAGCCCCGGGGGCAUCGCCCGGAGCUGAGGAGCCGCUACGCGGCGGGGAGGGAAGGGAAGAACGGGAACGGCCACCGCGGACCGGAGCGGAGCGGAGCCGCCGCCGCCGCCGCCGCCACCCGCCAGCACCGCAGCGGCCUGCGGCUCCGCCGCCGCACUUUCGCCACAGCGGCGGGGAAGGGAGGAAGGAGAAGCGGGGAAGUGAAAUGGAGGUGGAAGAGGAAGGGGCGGAGGGGGGGAACGGGGAGGGUAUAAGGCCCCACCGCUGGGUUCAGGGCCGUUCCGGCUCCGGGAGCAGCGCGGACGGCGGUGGCGAAUCUGCGGAAACGAAUCGAGCCACCAUGCUGGUGCCGGUGGGGGUCCUACGCCUGCCACGGGGUCCCGAAGGUUCCAGCCGAGGUUUCAACCCUACUUCACCCCGAUUCCAAGCGUUCCUUGGGGAGCAGAUAAUGGUGCAGGGCGUGCGGGCAAACCUCCGGCAACGUUACCUGCGGGCACUGGGGGCUGCCCGGGGCCAUCCCACCCGAUUUUACCUCCGGGCGGGGGUCCAGGUGGACGCCGUUUUCGGUGCCGCCGAUGUGGACGCCGUGGCAUUCCAGGUGGACACCCUACGGACCCCCCUGGGGGUGCAAGCGGCCGCACUGCUGCGUUACACCGACGUCCUCGCCUACACCUUCCCCCUCGAGUGA